CAAAUUUAAAGACCAUGAUAGAAAUGAAGAAAAUCUAAAAUAUUAGUGGCACUAAAAAUGCAGACUUCUACUAUACUUUCACUACAUAAUUUUAAAAAAAAAAAAGGAAAAGAAAAGAAAAUCUAAAACAGUGAAGAACCCUACUUUUCCAGGUUAGCUAUUCUAUUCUACUGUCCUCUGGUUUCUCGGCGGGCUUUCAACAGAAGUUUCGGUGUUCUGUAGUAACCAAUUUGGUAGGAGAUUCAGAGGAAGAAGAGUGAUCUUUCAUAAUUAGUACUAUAAACUUGCUUGGCGUAAACCCUAAAAUGAUGUAUUCCUUUAAUCGGAUUGCCAAAUCCAUCACAAAGCCAGUGAUGUACACAAUUCACUCGAAAAUUGGUAAACCCCACUUGAAUCUGACUACCCUUUUCAAAACUCUCUCCACUAAACCUCCUCAAAAUGGCAAAGAUGACUCUUGGAACGAUGCCUGGGAAACAGCUUGGCUCCCUGAUGACAUUUCUCCCAAGAACAGAGCUCCUUGGGAAGCUGAUGUUAACUUCCCUUCUAAUGAAGAAUCGACAAAAAUGGCGCUUUCAUCGGACGUCGAUGCUGAAACCAAGGCAUUUGUUGAAGACAUGAAUGAGAAUUGGAAUGAGAGACGAAAGUCACCUAAGCAGAAGCAGAAAGAGGAAGCAGAAAAGGAGGGGAAAGGAGAGGGUGGUGGAUUGUAUAGUUUGGAGAACAUAAAGAAGGAUUAUAGGUUGAAGAAGCAGAGAAUCCAUGCUGGGUUGUGGAUGAAGGAGAUUGACAAAUUGGAAGAAGCUAAAUUGGGAGAUUCUGCUGAUGAUAUUGAUAGAUUGCUUGAUAGCUGCUCUGAGAUUUUUGACUCUACCAAUGCUGACUUGGAGAAUUCAAGAGUUCCAAGCUCUUCUGAGUUAAAAACUAAGCCUGAUGGUUGGGAAACAACAUCAAAAGCUCCUGAUGGAAACGUGUGGGAGAUGUCACAGAGAGAAGAAGAUAUUCUCCUCCAAGAAUUUGAUCGCCGAAUUGCUUACUGUAAAUUCCAGAUAGCUAGUUUUAUUAAGACUCACAUAUUUAGCCGGAGGAGACCUAUUGAUGGGUGGAAAUACAUGAUAGAAGAGAUAGGGCCUAAUGCAAGGAAAGGCAAGGGCAGUGUUUCAAGGUUACCGAGUUUGUCUGAUGCAUCGACGCAACCAUUUAAGGAGGAGAAGUUACAAUUGAAACCUUGAUUGGUGUUUGAGACUUGACACCUUGAGAGGUCACAUAAUCAACUCUCCUCCAGUCGCAGAAUCUAUUCAUUUUGAGUAGGUCUUAUAAUAAGUACAUUGGUCUUCUGUUAAUAGUAUUAAUUAUUUGUGUAUUAUAUAAAUUUUGAUAUAUUUAUGAGUUAGGAUGUUUGAGACUAACCUGUGCUGGAUGUGUGUUAUUGUACUUUUCUUUCUUGUUAUAUUUUAGGUACAGGAAAGUAUUGUGUAGAACUACUAAGAUUGAAGAUGAAAAUUAUUACUUCUUCUAGCCGGCUUUGUUAACAACUUAAACAUAUAAUGCACCUUUCAUCUUUUACCUUUAAAACUCUUGGGUACAUGGUACAUAACAAGAGUGUGUAAGUUUAUAUGUCCGCGAUUCCACAGAAAGUAAUCAAUCUGAGCUUUAAGCUUCCUUUGGGGCCUCUAGACAACGACUAAAUGUCAUCAUGCAUGUAGCAUAAUUGCAAGAACAUGUCUUUCCAAUGGAACUCAUAGAGUUGAAUCCAGCUAGGCACAUUGCAUUACUAACUAGAAAAAUGUAGAAACUAUCCUUUCUGGUUCCUUGAAUUCACACCCAAUAAUUGUAUGUUUAUCUUUUAAUAAUAUUAUAAAUUUUAAUUUGUUAAUAAUUGACUUUUCUUGUUAACAAAUUAUGGACAUGCUCAAGUCCUCAACAUCACGACUUCUUUUUUCAGAUAACUCUUGCUGUCCUAUGGAAUAGAAAAUCAACUGUUAAAAACUAUAUUACAGGCACAGCUUAUUCAGUCCCCUUGGAACAUCCGCACUGCAUUUGAAUAACCCAAAUAAAAUAUAUGCAACAACUGCAUGUGCAAAUAUUGGUUAGCCUGUUUGAUUGAUCUUUGGCUACUUGAAGUAGGAUAUUAAUUUUAACCCAUAAGUGCUGAACUUGAGUGCUUCAAUGUUCAUAGCUUGCUGCUGUUGGGCAUUAUUGUUGAGACUUCAUGAGCCUUUGGUUAAGGAAGAAAGAAUGGUCAUUCAACCCCUUUUUCUCACCCAUACAGGGAGUAGCCGGUUUUCAUGUUGCUAUGAUCUCAUUCAUUGCAGGAGCAAGCAGUUAUGGGGAAGCGGGAGGCUCUGGUUACAAAAGGAGGUCCUAAUGGAAAAAGAGUAGAUGGCAUUCUAUAUAAGCAUUGGAAGGGAGAGGAAGUGAGGAUAAUGUGAGUGGCUAGUUGUAAACCCUUCCUCUUCUUCCUUUUUGUAAUGUGUUCAUUGCAUCCCCAAAAAAUAGGGUGAAACAGCUGUUUUCCUUUGCUAAGUUUGCAAUGUUCAAUUUACUCCUGUUGAUGUCUCAUUGGACAGACUUUGUAAUGCCUCUGUUUGGAUUACAUGUUUCUUGCUCCCAUGGCAAGAAACAUGCAGAUGGUUAUUUUUUUGUCUUUGUGCUUCUCUUUUUGUAUUCACUUUCAGCUCUUCAACGUAUUGCCUCUGUAAAUAAUCGCGUUAAAACUUAAUCAUGUUUUUAAUAAAUAUGGGUGUAUUUAUA